AGAGGCUAUAUAUUCGCUGGCCAUAUGAGAGCAUUUCGAGAGGGAGAGGUGACUCUCCCCACUCUCGGCCGUACCAGGGCAUUUGGGGGCUUAUUUGGAUUAAGUCACAAAGAUAACGAAAGAUCAGACAAGAAACAUAUUCAACUUCUCAAAAGCCUAGAGAACCAACCGGUUGAAAAUAAAUUUCUGACUGAACCGAAAAGGUAUGUGCAUAAUUUUUUCAGUAAAGAAUUAAAUAAAGAAAAACUUGAAGUAUUAGCACUAGGUUUAAAAUUUUGUGAUACACGAAACCGCGUAAACCAUAUGGAUAAAGACAUCCAAUUUGAAAACCUACAUCGUCAGACAUCCGAUCUAGUCCCAACUUCGAAUCUGGAACUGGAACGUUUCAAAGCAAGCAUCAUUGAGUAUUGCUAUCAGUUUAAGCAUAGUAGAUAUAACUACAGAAGUAUUUUGACUAAAAAACAUAAGGAGGCUAUCAGUGAACUUAUUAAUGACGAGAACCUGAUUAUCACAAAACCUGACAAAGGAACAGGAACUGUCUUACUUAAUAGAAAUGACUACAUUGACAAGAUGAAUAACAUCUUGAAUGAUCACCGAAAAUUUCAGAAAUUGAAUAACCAAAAAGAUGUCGAUAAUAAGAUAGAAAAUGAACUGACCAGAUCUUUAAAAAAGCUCAGAGAUCAACAGAUAAUUCCACCAGACAUAUAUGAAUCAAUCAAGCCGAUAGGUACUCAUUUACCUAGGUUAUACGGACUACCGAAGGUACAUAAACGUGAUAUUCCAUUGAAACCAAUUUUAGACAUGUACGAUUCUCCUUACCAUACGGUAGCAAAGUGGUUAGUAACCGUUUUAAAACCACUUCACAAACAACUAGUAAAGCACUGUAUUAAGGAUGUAUUUCAAUUCGUCGAGAAGAUUAAAAACAUAAACAUCAAAGGUCUAAAGAUGAUGUCCUUUGACGUAACGUCAUUUUUCACAAAUGUCCCAUUCAGAGAGACUGUAGAAUAUAUUUGUGAACAGCUUAGAGAACAGGAAGUAGUAACUACAAUCCCUGUGGAGACCAUCAAAGAAUUACUACUAAAAUGUACUAUGAAUGCACACUUCAAAUUCAAUGGUGAAAUCUACAGACAAAUAGAUGGUGUCGCGAUGGGUUCACCCCUAGGUCCCAUAUUGGCUGAUAUUUUUCUCGCGAAACUAGAAAACGGCCCACUGACAACAGAUUGAAAAGUUUUCACUUUAUUGCCGAUAUAUGGACGACACGUUCAUCCUAUGUAACGACUAUAUUGACUUAACGGAGACACUGCAGCUAUUCAAUACAGCUCAUCAGUCUAUAAAAUUCAUGUGUGAGGAGGAAAAUGGAGGUAGGAUCACUUUUCUAGAUGUUCUCCUUACAAGGAGAAAAGACGACUAAUUAGGGAGAAAUAUAAACAGGAAAACAUCGUGGACGGGUCAGUAUACUAACUUUCUUAGUUUUGUUCCUCUACAGUACAAAAGGAACCUAAUUAAGACAUUACACUAUAGAAUUAUUUUUUAUUUAUUUAUUUAUUUAAAC